AUGUCUAAUAUCUAUCAUAAUUGGGAAAGACUUGUGGAAGUUGUUCUCCGUAGGGAACAACUCAGGCAACUUGCUUUAAUUUCCUCGAGGGAACCAAGUUCCUGCUCCGAAUCCCCUAGUAUAUCUGGGUGGAGUACUCCGAUUUAUGAUGAUCAGAAUAUUCAACUUGGAUCUUCUUCUUCAAGUACAGUAGAUGAAACAGACUGGGAGAGAUUGUUGCCGCCUGAUUAUGAAGACAUCAUCUCCAGAUCAGUGAAUCCUGUGGCCUAUGCAACCAAGGAAGAUCUGUAUAUGAGUCUUUGUAGCUCUCCUAUUUUACUUGAUGAAGGCCAAAUGAGCUUUCAUAUUGAUAAAACUACUGGGAAGAAAUGUUAUAUGAUUGGAGCAAAGGGACUCAAACCUGGACCUUUUAAUUAUUACAGAAAAUUGACACCUCACGCGGACUCCAGAUUCUCAAUGGUGGCAGAACACAGAGAUAUUUGGGCGCUCGAUAUCCGAGGGAAGAUAGAAACACAAAUGUUGUCCCCAAAGACUCGUUAUGCAGUUUAUCUCGUAUAUAGAUUAGAAAAGGAUUUCGUGGACCUUCAACCAGUUAAAGGGAUUAUCAAGUUUGUUAAUCUUGAUGAAGAUCAUGAUGCGGAAAGGCGAGCUACUACGUUGCACCUUCAACCAGGGUUGGUGGGUAAAGGUCAGCAGAUUGCAGUGAGUAGACCCGACGGAUGGAUGGAAGUACAAUUGGGAAUGUUUUAUAAUAAUCUAGGAUAUGAUGGCCCGGUAGAGGCACGGCUAUUUAAAUCUUCCGCGCAAUUGAAUAUUGUCAUCGUUGUUGAAGGAAUUGAGUUUCGACCUACUUCAAAUGCAGAGAUAGAGUUCGUUUCAAAAGAAAAUGUGAAAAACCGAAGAAAAGGAAUGUUUUCAAAAUUAAGGAUUUCUAAAUAA